ACCCUCAAAUGGCUAGCUUCUCAGCAGAGAUGCUCAUCUUCUCCAUUGGGAACCCCUUAUCAGUUAAAGCUACAUCAUUUUAACAGUUGUGUAAAAUGGGCAAUCGGUUAAUUGAUCAAUCGAUCAGUCGCCAAAUAGGGCGCGCAACUAUCCAUCGCCCACUCUUUCAAAAAAAGGGAAAAUAAUAUAGUGCCAUAACCCCAUGUGACCAUGCGGCCCUCGAGUGCUGCAUGGAUUUGCCUGCUGCUACGCAUCGCGAAUUACACAUGUUACGCCUACCACGUCGGUAGGCGUGACCUGUACAUAGGCAGGGUGCCCCACCGAAUGACCAAGCUGAACUACGAAAAUGGGAAGCCGCAAAUUGAUGACGGCGUUGUGAAUUACUUCAAGCGAAUUCGGGAGGAAUUCCCCUUCUUCAAGAGGGAAAACUGCCCCGCGUACUUCGACAGUGCGGCCACAACGCAGAAGCCGGCCUGCGUCAUAAGGAAACUGACCCAGUUUUACUCCAGCGAGAAUGCCAACGUCCACCGAGGAAUUUACAAAAUGAGCCUAGACGCAACGAACAGCUACGAACAAGUGAGGAAAACGAUAAAAAAUUACAUCAACUGCGAAAGGGAGGAUGAAAUUAUAUUUACGAGCGGAACGACACACGGACUGAACCUCAUUUGCAACAUGGUGAUGGACCGAGUAAUCCAAAGAAGGAAAGACGAAAUAUACCUGACCUAUCUAGAACAUCACUCCAAUAUAGUUCCCUGGCAAGAACAGAUAAAAAAGAAAAAAAAAGGAAAAAUAAAAUACAUCCCACUAAAGAGUACAGGAUAUAUAAACAUCAAAAAGUUACGAAAAAAAAUUAAUAAAAAUACUAAAAUAAUUUCAAUAAGUCAUGUAUCCAAUGUGUUAGGAAAUGUGCAAAAAUUAUCUGCGAUUAUAAGGGCAGUGAGGGAGGUAAAAAAGAAUAUAAUUGUGAUUGUAGAUGCUGCUCAAAGCUUUGCACACAUAAGGUAUGACCUGAAACGAAUGGAAGCUAAUAACUGUUGCCCUGAUGUACUUAUCGCAUCUGGACAUAAAUUUUGUGCAGCUUUGGGAUGUGGUUUUAUUUACUUAAAAAACACCUUAACACGUUCAUACAAAUUUAAACCACUUUUGUACGGAAGCAAUAUGAUAACAACUGUUGGUAAAUAUGAAUCAGAGUUUGCGUCCUCUCCACAUCUCUUCGAGUCGGGCACGCAGAACAUCGCGGGAGUCAUUUCCAUGGGGGUCGCAAUUGACUUUUUGGAAAAGAUCGACCAGCGUCUUCUGUAUCGUUACGAGAUGUACCUCUACGAUAUUCUCGUUUAUUAUUUGGGUCAGCAUUUGCAGCAGGGCUUGGUGCAGCUCCCGGGGGGGGGAGCGAUCAGCGGUAGCGACGGGAGCAGCGGUAGCACCCAGAGCAGCGGUGUGGCUGCUGGAACAAGCCGCGAGAACGAUCAGUGCAGGCUGUACAUCCACAACAGCCGAAAGGGCAAGGGAAAAAAAGUGCCCAUAUUGCCCCUGUGGUCAGACCAGUUCACCUCCUUCGACCUGGUAACCUUCUUGGAUUUCAAAAAUGUUUGUGUCCGGUCUGGUCACCACUGCGCAUCGCUACUUCUGAAGGAGUUCCUGCGCAUCCCCGACUGCGCGCGCGCUUCGCUUUUUUUUUACAACACCCCUGAGGAGGUUCAGUACCUGGCUGAGCAGAUCGCGUCCGUUGCGCGAAUGCUGAGUGGGAUGAAGAAGUGGGAGGUGCGGUGA